AAACGGCAAAUCGAGAUUGAAACGUACCUUUGUGUCCAAUGUAAUAACGCAAAUAAAAUUCACCAGCCAUUUUUGAGCUACAGAUUCUUCAAAUGUUCAAAUCCUCGAUAAAUAAGAAUUCUUAUUUAAAAAUCGAACGAAACAAUAUUAACAACAAACACGAGUUUGUUUSAUUCAGAUAGUGUUUUGUGUUUGUUAAGUUUGUUUGGUAUCAUAAAAUUGUCCGUGGAAUACUCAAAAACGCCGAAAACCAGCAAGCUGCCGUGGUCACCCGAGAUACCAGUCACCAGAUACCAGAGUACAACAUAAGAUACGGAGAUGAACAGUGCUGCCGGCAGCGAGAGCGCUCGAUUUCCCGCCGCAGCCUUCGCCAGCGCAACGAAUGAGCGUCGCGCGCGCGGAUGGGCUGAUCGAUAUGGCGCUCUCGCGUUUCCUCCAUGCCGGUGCACGGCCUACGAUUGGCGGCACCGUUCAUAGACACUCGCACACUCUCGAACACUCACACACACAAACACACGACUACACGUCAAGACGCACACCGUCAGACCGAGACGCCAUCUUAUGGCCAAAGUGUGUUUAUUUGUGUUGGACCGACGUACGUGACGGAUACGGUCAGCGUGAUGGUGGCGGAAGCGUUCGGGAAAGUAGCGUAAAAUCGUCUUCGGGCCAGUUGGUGCACCAUCGUCCAUCACGGUCGCAUCUCUAGAAAAUAGUUUUGCCUAUAACGCGUUAUUUCGUUCGUGGUGGUGGUGGUCGUCGUCGUCGUAUUUAUCCUUCGUUUUUAUUUUUUAUUCAUCGUCCUCACCCCGAAAAAUGUCGCGAUUAUCACUGCCGUCCGUGUUCCGAUCAUCGCCAUUCCGGUCGUCGGUUCGGUAGAGGCGUCGCUAUUAUAAUAUAUCGUCGUUCGCUACUGUGUGUCGUGUUGCGCGCUAGCCUGGUGCGACCGUGUCCGUCGUUGGUGCAGUUUUAGUGCAGUGUAUUUUAGUGGUUUCCGUGCGCGUUCCGACGUCUUCGAAUCGGUCCGACAUGGAACUGCGGUUGCACAGCCCCGUGGGYGCCGAUCCCGUCGUUUACAAAUGGCCCAUGAUCAUAGGCAGAGGAUCGGACAAACACGAUGGUGCACUGGGAAUCAUAGAAACAAUAAAAUUGGUCUCAGAUGACUUCCCAGACAUGAAGAUCCCUUUAGAAAACAACAUACUUUGCAACUACGACACGAAAUCAUACGACAGCAUGAAGUCUUUGUGCGACAGGUUCAAUAAAGCUAUUGACAGCAUGGUUCAAAUGAAUAAAGGAACUUCUUUACAAAAAUUCAGUAAAAAAGCAUCUAGAAGUCUUCUCCGACAUAUAAUUCAACAAGUUUACAAUGUUUCGGUCACUGAUCCUGAUAAACUAAAUCAAUAUGAACCAUUUUCGCCUGAAGUGUAUGGAGAAACAUCCUUCGAUCUCAUCUGUCAAAUGAUUGAUCUGAUUAAUAUUACAGAAGAUGAUAUAUUUAUAGACCUUGGAUCUGGUGUGGGACAAAUUGUUUUACAAAUGGCUGCAGCCACUCAAUGUAAAAUCUGCUGGGGKGUUGAAAAAGCUGAUGUCCCUUCUUCUUACUCAAAAUUCAUGCAUUUAAAUUUUCAAAAAUGGAUGGCUUGGUAUGGAAAACAAUGCGGCCAAUAUCAACUAUUGAAGGGCGAUUUUUUGAGUGAAGAACAUAGAGAAAAAAUAACCAAUGCCACAAUUGUAUUUGUAAAUAAUUAUGCAUUUGGGCCACAAGUAGACCACAUGUUAAAACAACGAUUUGCUGACCUUAAAGAUGGAGCUAGAAUAGUCUCCUCAAGAUCUUUUUGUCCACUUAACUUUCGAAUGUCUGAACGCAAUUUAAGUGAUAUUGGAACCAUAAUGCAUGUAACUGCGAUGGAACCUAUAACUGGUUCAGUUUCUUGGACUUGUAACCCUGUAAAGUAUUAUCUACAUGUUAUUGAUAGAACAAAGCUCGAGCGGUAUUUUACUCAAAAUAAGCCUCCUGUACCAAAAACAAGGGUGAAUGGAGAUAAACAAAAAUUUACAACAACCAUUUCUGUUAAUAAUUGUUCAUCUGAUGAUACAGACUCAUUGUUUAGUACUUUGAAUGGUGAUAGUGUAGAUGGAAGUGCUACUACUGGAUUGACACCUGAUAAAACGGGAACUAACAAUAACGGGCAAUGUGCAUGGUCAGAUCAAGGUGGGCAUAAUAGUGAGGAAGAAAAUGAAAAUAAUACAGACAAUCAAGGUAGAACUACUCGAAAAGUGAUGAAGCGUAAUACACCACGUCGUAGUCGUAGUUUAAAAAUCACUCCUACUACAUACUUGAAUCGAUCCCAUUCUGAAACAACUGUUCCUGAAAAAAAGACUGUAGAAAAAAUUGCAAAAGCAAAACGAGUGGUUUCUACUAAUCGCAAACAAAAGGCAAGACGAAAGCCACCUAAACGUAGUGUUAAAAUAUCAGCAUCUCUAAAUUUAUUACAUAGUGAGACUGUAUUAAGUACUACACCAGAAGUAUCAAUGAGUAUCAAAGAACCUCCAAAAGGUUGUGUUGAUCACACUUUGACUUCAAUUACGGGAGUGGGAGCUGGAUAUGCAGCUACUCAUACUGAACUUCCUCCACACACUGGAGAUAUUCCAUACUCAUUACAAUUGCUUUUAGAUGAUUAUAAAGAAGGCUUUAUGAAUAUGAUAAAUAUGUUUAAGACUCAAAAAUUCCGUGAAGAUGUUGAAGCUCAAAUAAUUGCUGAAAAGGAAAAAAAACAAAAUUCAAACAUGAAAAUAAAUCAAAUUAAAAAACAAAUUGACCAUCUAAUUAAGGAUAGCUGUAGUCUUUUAAAGACACGUAUGAAGGAACUUGAUAUUUAUCCUACCAAUACCACAGGAGAUGUUUUGACGGCUGCUAAAGUAAUUGUAUUACGCCAUAAAGAUCUACAAACUAAAGUGGCCAAAGUUAAAAAUGAAACAAAUGUAUUAGAAAAUCAACAUUGGGACUAUUACUGUAAGAGAGCGGCCGAGGUUAAUGCUGUUGGUACCCCUGGACAUUUAUUAGUWCAUCAAACUGAUAACUCAGCAGAUCAAGAAUUAAACACCCAACGUUUAUUGAUGACAGAACUUAUGACCAAUCGUAAAAGAAAACAUGCUUUAUCUUCAACUAUUGAAGGAGUGAAAACUGAAAUUGAUAACUUAGAAAAACAAAAUACAUCUAGUAAGUUCAAURGUUCUUUAGUAAAUCAAAUGUGUAAUAACAAAAAAUCAAGAAUACGCUCUCAAGACUGGCCUGAAGUACCAGAUAUAGCUAGAAUUGACGAAAAAAAUCCAGAAAUUCUUGCACAAAAAAUAUUAGAAACUGGGAGACAAAUUGAAGCCAGAAAAAUAAUAGAAAAUGGUAGACAAGUUGAAUUAUCGACACGAUAUCAACGCUCAAAUAAGAUUUAUAAUAGAAAUUCAUCAGAUACUCCACUUAAAGUGCCUUUUUAUGACGAACAUGUCAAAGAUCUCAUAACUAAUGCUUUAAAUGAACCGUCAUCUAAAGGACCAGAUUAUACGAUAGUAUCACCUGCUAAAGUUGCCUUACGAAGACAUCUAUCACAGGAAAAAAUUUCACCCAGUCCACCAAUACAGCAACAAAAUGUCAUAACAAGAACAAUUGGUGAUGUACUAAACAAUGAAAUUGAAAGAUGUUUGGAAAUGGACAGACAUAAUCGAACAUUAGAAAUUAGCAAUCAGUCCAUAAUUAAUGCUGUCGUUCCAUUAUCCAUGCAUAAUAGAAACAAUGACACCACCCAAGCUAUAAAUCAGACAUUGCCUUCAGAAAAACGUUCAUUUAUGUAUAUACCAUUACCAAAAGCUGAACUCAAACCUUACCAAGAAUCAUUAUUUAGUGAUGAUAUCCUUCCACCUCAUUUAACCACUCUCAAAGAGGAGCCUGUUGAAGGACUGGCUGCAUCAUUGCACGAUCGACUAUUAGAUAAUGAUGGAGAUGAUAGUAAUGGUGAUGAAGGCUUGUCAUUUAAAGAAGAAAAGACUGAAUCAGAUACUCUAUCACCACAUAGAACACUAAAGCGCAGUUCUGAAUCACCUGGGCCUCUACAUGCUAAAAAAAUGACACCCAUGUCUGACAGACUUCCCUCUGAAGAAGAUGAAAAAUGGAAUGAUCGCAUUCGUGAAAGAUUUGAUAGCUUGGUAACAUUUGCAUCAUUAGAAUUGGAUAAACGACGUCGUAAUAGUUCAGACGCUGCUGCUGCUAAUACCAGUCCUGACAGUGGUAUAGGUCAUGGUGAUCCGCCGCCUGCCUUACAGCCACCACCAUCACCAUCACCCCCAUUUUCACCAGCUCCAUUGGAUGGACCAUACAGCCCUGUACCUGCUCCUACUGUAACUGCUCCAAAUAUACCAUUAAGGUAUCAACGUCACACUAACCAUAAAAAGAAGUCGUUUCGUGAUAAAUAUCGGUCCACUGGGCCUAAAGCAAAAACUUGGGCCGCCAAAUGGAUGGAUGAUGAAAUUCAAAGCACAAGCAAUUUUUUUUAAUGUACCCAAAUUUUUUUUGUCAAAAUCUGUGUCUCUGUCCGUUUUGUCAUUUGUUUUUUUUUUCUUGUGGAUAUAGCUCAUCACUGCCUUUUUAUAGGGCCUCCAUAUUUAUAAAUUUGUAUCUAUAGUUCUAAAAAUUAAUAAUUAGUGUACAUUUUUUUUUAAAUGGGGGAACUUAGACUUUUUUCCAAACAUCUUUUUAUAAUCAAUUUUUCAAACUGCCACUCGUUAAAAGUGUUCAAAUUUAAAUUGUAAACCAUUUCUUUUUUUUUUUAUUGCAAUUUGCAUAAUUUUUUGUUCCUAAGUUAUUAUAUAGUUCUCCAAUUUUGUACAGAAUAUUUUAGUGGACUUUUUGACAAAUGUUAUUUAUUUCUUUUUAUAAUAUUAUUAAGAACAUUGUACUAAGUACAAAAUUAUGUUACAUACUAAUAAAGUAUUGUAAAUACAUGUUAAAUAUAUUGUUUUGAUGGUA